AUUAUUCAAAGGCAAUGAAUUAUUAUCAUUUCCAUGGGGUAUAACCGAUUAAAAAAAAACAGUAACUCACAGAGCUUUUCUUUUUCGCUUUAAUGUAUUCUAAAGGGGCAUUGAGUAGUAGUUUUUGCUCCGUUGUUUCCAAAACUUCGGAAUUUUCUUGGUGAGUGUUUUCAGGGGCUUUUAUUAUUCAUUUUGGGCUGUUGGGGUUUUGUUUUUUUGGAGGGGUUGACCUAAGCGGAUUAAUUUACUUUGGUGUCUGAUUUGGAGAUUCUCUUGUUUUUGGCAAUGAUUUGGUGGUUUUUCUCAAUGGGGUAUGUGGAAUGAAUCUGGUGAUGGAUUUGAUGGAUUUAAAGCAAGUUUUUUUCCUGAAAUAUUUAGUGGGUUUUCGUUGUUUUACAUGUUGAAGAAGAAGCUAUAUUUGGGGUAAUUCUCAAGGUCUGACCUUUUGAGAACGAGCUGGCUUAAUCACUUGAGGUUGCUGUGUUUUUUUUUGGGUGUGAGGGUUAAUGUAAAACUGGGUCUUCGUUUUAGAUUUAGAAAGUGCCUUGCUUUGAGAAAAUGGCUUGCAUGAAACUUGGAUCCAAAACUGAUGCCUUUCAGAGGCAAGGGCAGGCUUGGUUCUGUACAACUGGACUUCCUAGUGACAUUGUUGUUGAAAUUGGAGAAAUGUCCUUUCAUCUUCACAAGUUCCCUUUACUCUCAAGAAGUGGUGUUAUGGAAAGAUUAAUCGCAGAAGCAUCUGACGAAGAAGAAAAGUGUUUUAUAUGCAUCUCUGACAUUCCCGGAGGGGCCAAAACUUUUGAACUUGUUGCGAAGUUCUGCUAUGGAGUGAAACAUGAACUCACUGCCUCAAAUGUUGUGUACCUUCUAUGUGCUGCUGAUCAUCUAGAAAUGACUGAGGAAUAUGGGGAAGGCAAUCUUAUUGUACAGACUGAAACCUUUCUUAAUCAAGUAGUCCUCCGGAAUUGGAAAGAUUCUCUAAGAGCACUUCAAACAUGUGAUGAUAUUAUCUCUUAUGCUGACAAACUGAAUAUUACUAAAAGGUGCAUCGAAUUGUUAGCCACAAAGGCAUCUACUGACCCCAACUUAUUCGGGUGGCCCAUGAUGGAACAAAGUGGUCCAAUGCAGAGCCCUGGUGGAAGUGUGUUGUGGAAUGGGAUAAGUACUGGGGCCAAACCAAAAAAUACAAGUUUGGAUUGGUGGUAUGAGGAUGCAUCAAGUUUAAGUUUACCUCUCUAUAAGAGAUUGAUUUCAGCCAUGGAGUCUUGUGGUAUCAGAGAGGAGAUAAUUGCCGGCUCACUCACUUUUUAUGCAAAAAAGUACCUACCUGGUUUGAUCAGGCGUCAGGGUGCUAAGGAUUCUAACUCGAGUGCCUCUCUUGCACCUGUGGCCUUGGGGGCUCCUCUAUCUGAAGAAGAUCAAAAAAUUUUGCUGGAGGAGAUUGAUAGGUUGCUUCCUAUUAAAAAAGGUCUUGUCUCAACCAAGUUUUUGUUUGGACUGCUUCGGACAGCCAUGAUUAUUCGAGCAAGCCCCUCUUGUAUAUCUAACUUUGAGAAAAGGAUUGGGUUGCAGCUUGAUAAAGCAACUCUGGAAGACCUACUGAUGCCUAAUUUCUCUUAUUCCAUGGAAACACUUUACAACGUGGACUGCGUGCAGCGAAUUCUUGAGCAUUUUCUUGCCAUGGACCAAAUCAUUGGUGGUGCCACUCCAUGCUCGGCUGAUGAUGGCCAGAUUAUUGGCUCGCCGUCAUUAACACCCAUUACGAUGGUAGCCAAGCUAAUUGAUGGGUACCUUGCGGAAGUUGCCCCUGAUGUUAAUUUGAAGCUCCCCAAGUUCCAGGCUCUUGCUGCAUCAGUUCCUGAAUAUGCCCGGCCAUUAGACGAUGGUCUUUAUCGUGCCAUAGACAUUUAUCUCAAGUCACACCCAUGGUUGUUGGAAUCCGAAAGAGAACAACUAUGCCGGCUGAUGGACUGCCAGAAGCUCUCCUUGGAAGCCUGUACCCAUGCUGCACAAAACGAGAGACUGCCACUGAGAAUAGUUGUCCAAGUCUUGUUCUUCGAGCAGGUUCAGCUUAGGACUUCAAUUGCCGGUUGCUUUUUGGUUUCAGAUAAUAUUGAUGGAUCACGACAGUUAAGAAACGGGUUUGCAGGUUCAACUGAUGGAGGGUGGACCUCAACUGUGAGAGAAAAUCAGGUUUUGAAGGUAGGCAUGGAUAAUAUGAGAAUGCGGGUUUCCGAGCUUGAGAAAGAAUGUUCAAACAUGACGCAAGAAAUAGAGAAGCUAGGUCGGGGGAAGGGCCCUUCAAGCACUUGGGGUACUGUAUCGAAGAAAUUCGGAUUCAAGUUGAAGUCUCAAAUGUGCAGUGCACAGGAGAAUUCUAUAAGCAACCAGAAGAAUGGAAAUGGAAAGAUUGAGAAAGUGCAGGAAAUGAAAGUUGAGCACAAAAAGUACUCGAGUAAAGAUGACUAAUACAAUCAAUCACAAUGAAGUUUCUUGUAUUCAUCAUUCUGAUCCUUUUGGUAGUCAUUGUUAUUGUUGUUGUUUAGUUGUACUUCUAAACUUUGUUAUAAACCAAGCUUCCCACCUUUGACCCCCUGUAACUGUGUACCAUAUCCCAUUUUACUUUUCCUUUUAAAAAACACCCAUUUGGUCUCCAGAUUCUGAAUUAUGUGCCAGAUGGAGAUGAUGGUGAAAGUGUAAUUCAAUUUGUUUCAUUCAUGUACUGUUUCCCUU